AUGAAACUCUGCGUGACUGCCCUCGCUGCUGUCAUGGCUUUAGCGUCGAUGGCGGCUGCCGACAAUAGCUUGCAAGACCAGGACUUAACUUGUCUCCGUGCCUGCGCUUCGCAUAAACAAAAGUGCCCAGAAGAAUGGACCCCAAAGAAGAAAGGCAAUGUACGAACCUGGCACUCGAUUGCCAAUUCUGUUGGACAUGUUGCAAAUCAGACGAAUGAGCGGGUAUAG